AUGAGACCUUGGAGUGCUGCAAGGUCAUGGAAGUCAGAUUUUGAUGUACCUGUUUUGUCAGAAAGUAUGAUGUGUCUGAUACCAGAAGAUUCAUCAUACAGAACAGAAUGUCUGAGGAUGUUAAGCAAACAGGCAGAAACGAAAGAAGGAUUUGAAAAUGUGUCACCCACGGAACAUGAUGCAGAAGAAUCAAGCACACCAAGAAUAGAGCAGCAGGAUGAAUCUGAUCCUCAUCCAGCUGAUGAAGAUGUGCAUAUGACUCCUAUAGCAGAAGAACCUCAUGCUAAAGGCUCACAUAUGGGAGAAACAGAGAAAUUGGAUACUUCCAAUCCUCUUAACCUUAGAACAUCAGAAAAUGUGUUUUCUGCUGGUGUUAGAAGAGAAACAUCUAUUGUUUCUCCUAUUUCCCAAGAACGUCAAUCUAUGUCCCCUAAACAACUUCACAAAGAACUUGAAGACAAAGCUGCUACUGUGAAAACAGCCACGGAGGAAAAACUUGAUCUGAUACUGAAAGAAAUCAGAAAUAAAAAAUCAAAAAUCAAAGUUUCAUCAGAAACUGUCAAAAUUGUGCAGAAACAAACAGAAGAAAAUAAUGCAGCUCUCAAAGAAAUACAAAAGUCUUCAGAAAACAAAGAAAGUUCAUCAGAAAUGGAGAAAGCUCUUAAAGAACUACGUGAUAUCAAGAAAAAGAUAACUGAGGUUGCAACUGCAGGAGAAAGUUCAAGUUCAGGAAAAAUUCUUGAAGAAAUACAACUUCUCAGAGCCAACAGCAGCAGCAUGACUGAGGCUUUUGAGAAAUUGUUAAUGGAAUUGACCACACAAAGAAAUAAGGAAAGUGAGAAGUUUCAGAAGAUAAAGAAGCAAGAAGAAAAGAAUACUCAAGCUAUUACUAAUAUCCACUUGUUAGUAAAAAGAUUGCAGUAUAAUGUUGCCACACUGGCAAAAAUUGAUCUUCAUAAACUAAAAGCUCCAAUUCCACAAGAAAGACAAGCAAUAGGAUCAGAAACACCUCAACAUGAACCAGAAACCAUUCAACAAGAACAAACCAAGCAAACAAAAACUUCAACAGCUCAAAAACAGAAGCAGACCAUGGGUCCACCUCCAGAUAAACAAAAGUUACCCAUGAGUCCUCCACCAAAUAUACCAAAGCCAGUCACUUCAAAGAUCUAA